CAGUUACGUCAACUAAAAAAAUGCUAAAUUAAAAGAUGAGUAGAUCGGAGAGAGUUUCUUUGCUGUCUGAGAACAGAGGGGAUAGUUCCAGCUUUACAGGGCUCCCUGUUAGGCGAGGAGAAGCUAGAUACGGAAAUGUUGGAUUGUCUUCUGGAGGAGGAAGUUGGAACAGGAGACUGAACGAGUAUGCUAGAAGUCCUACUUCAGCUUUAGGUUCAAGUCUAGACAGUGGAGCCUCUGGAGCCAGGCGGACCAGAGAUAAGAAUAUAGCUCCUGUCGUAGAGGAAGAAGGCACGGAAAGACGACCAUACCAUUAUAGAAGCCAGACUAAUGUUACUGAAGGAACUCCCCUGGUUGGACAAAUAGAUGCUGAUCCAGUAGAGUUAGCUCACUACAGGAGAUAUCAAUACUAUACCAGAUUACAGAAUCAGGCCGGAGUUAAUCUUGAUCUUCUGAAUAUCCCGGACCAUGUUGUUCCUGCUUCCUUCUAUCAGAUCUAUCUACCUGGAGUCCAGACCUCGGGGAAACAAUCUAGUAUAGUAACUAUUUUCUCUAUCUGGAACACAAUGAUGGGAACAUCCUUGCUUAGUAUGCCCUGGGCCUUGCAGCAGGCUGGAUUAGUGAUGGGGUUGUUUAUGAUGCUAAUAAUAUCAGGACUGUGUCUUUAUACUGCAUACAGAAUACUCCAGGUGUAUUCUGUGCAAAGUAGAACUGUAAAAAUAUCCGAGUUUAGUGAUCUGUGUGGACUUAUGUUAGGAAAAUGGGCAGAGAUUCUUGCCACUAUUUUCUCUGUACUUGCAGUGCUGGGGGCUGCAAUAGUUUACUGGGUGUUGAUGUCCAACUUUUUGUUCAACACUGUUGAGUACAUACAUGAUGUAGCAACUGGAGUUAAUAUCACAGAUACAGGGGUUUACUGUCCUUCCAAUGUCACAGAAAACAAUCCUAAUAUUGGUCUAUUAGAAGCUUCAGGAUGGACUAUACCUAUGGAAGAUAUCUGGGGACAAUUUACAACUGUUCCACUCUUUCUUAUUCUAUUCCUCUUCCCUCUUGUAAACCUAAGAUCUGCCACGUUUUUUACCAAGUUCAAUUCCCUUGGAACAGUUUCUAUUCUCUUUAUUCUCUGCUCAGUGCUCUACAGAUGCUAUGAGUGGGGGAUUCACGCUGAAUUCAGUGACGUCUCAAGUCCUGAGUUCAUACCUCUCUUCAGAUCCUCUUUCCCCAGCCUCUCGGGUAUCCUUGCCCUCGGCCUCUUCAUACACAACGCCAUUAUCACCAUCAUGUCCAACAACAGGGUGCAGGAGCACAAUGGCAGGGAUAUGUCCAUAGCAUAUUUUCUUGUUACUGCAACCUAUAUGGCGAUUGGAGCUGCCUUCUAUCUCUCAUUUCCACUACCAAAGAAUUGUAUAGAGGAUAAUCUACUGAAUAACUUCUUAAAACAUGAUGGCUUAACUGUUGCUGCCAAAAUAUUUCUCUUCUUCCAAAUGACUACAGUGUUUCCACUUAUAAUGUAUCUUCUCAGAGUUUCCGUCCUGUAUCCGAUAUUCCGUAAUGUAUGGCCUGGUCUAAAGUAUGUUCUUCUACUCAAUACUGCUGUUAUCGCAGUCUGUGUGAUGUUUGCAAUCUUCAUGCCUAAGAUAGGAACUAUUAUCAGGUUUAGUGGUGCUGCUUGUGGGAUGACCUUGAUAUUCACUCUACCCGUUCUUGUUCAUCUAGCCAGUUGUAAGCGGUCUGGACCUGUGUCAUGGACUUCUCUUAUCAUCCACAUUCUUAUUAUUGUGUUUGGAGUUGCAAAUUUUAUGGCCCAGUUCUUUAUUUAGCUCGGCGGUGCUGUUUUAGUUCCUUCCGUAUAUUUUCUUCUAACUGCGGAAAUUAAGAGUUCUGAAUGUGGGGAUUUUAGU